GCGCGGCGCGGCGCGGGCCCUGCCGCACAAGAUGUCGGCGGGGGGGCGGCGGCGGUGGUGGUGGCGGUGGCUGCUGGCGGCCGUGCUGUGGGGCGGCGCGGGCGGGUACGUGGUGGUCAGCUCGGUGUCCUGGCCGCUGCCCGAGGAGGGGGGCGCGGCGGCGGAGGAGCUGCACAGUUCCUCCACCGAGGAGACCCUCCCCGCGCUGCUGGAGGAGGCGGGCGGCCUCUGGAAGCAGAGCUACCCGCUCUCGGCUUACCGGGAGGACGCGGCCCUGGGCUCCGGGCCGGCGGCGCGGCGGUCGGGGCAGGGGGCCGCCCCCUCCCGCAUGUUCUCCUACCGACGGGAGGGCGGCGGGGCGCCGGGCCGCCCCGGCACCGCCCGCUUCCUCGCCCGCUACAACACCUGGGGCUUCGUGGCUACGCGGGCCGCGCAAGGAAAGAUCCAAGGUAUGCCCUAUGGGAACUGUUUACUUCUCAGUGACGGUCCCGUCAAUAACAGCACUGGAAUCCCUUUCUUCUACGUGACGCCGAAGGAUAACACUGUGGCAGAUCUCCUGAAGAAUCCCGUGGCUUCUCUGACCCUGCCAGAAGCAGAUGGAAAUUUCUGCAGAAAAAAUGUAAUUGAUCCAGAGGAUCCAAGGUGUGCCAGGCUGACUCUUACGGGACAGAUGGUCACAGUGCCUCCGGAGGAAGUGGAAUUUGCCAAGCAAGCAAUGUUUUCCAGGCACCCAGUGGUAAGAAAGUGGCCUCGCAGCUAUGAGUGGUUCUUCAUGAAAAUGAACAUUGAGCACAUCUGGCUCCAAAGCUGGUAUGGAGAAGUUUCUGCCAUUGCAGUAGAAGAGUAUUUAAAAGCAGUUCCAAGUAAAGGAUAAUUGAAUGGGCUUCAAGAUAGAGAUCUUCUGAGUUUCCUUUCCAAACACUUUUAAAAUUUCAUGCUGGAUGGUUACUUUACAGUGAUUUUUUUUUCCCAAAAGGCUUCAAAAUAGCCCCAUCUCACAUGGAGCAGAGUGAAAAUAAACCAACGCAGACUUUCAAAUUAUAAAGGAGAGGUGGAUACUAGCCCUACCCUGCAAUGUACAAACGUGUCAUUUCAAACACGCAAUGCAUCAUCUUGAAUGCUGCUUAAAAAUGCUUUGUAUCUGUUUGUUUUGACUUUUAUUGCUCUGCACCCACAGGAAAACUAUAGUAUGUGCUAAAUAUAAUGUUCUGAUUUACAGAAAAAGCAAAUUGCCUACUCAGAACCCUGUAUGCACUGUGGAUGUAUUACUGCUGCUUGGUCUCCCUUGAUUUGUAAGUACUCUAAGAUAAACUUAAUAGCUGCAAAUUUAGAUAUUUACAUUUUAAAAAAAUAUUUUGCUAAAGCUGUCCUCAUUUGCUAACUUAUAUUUUCUACAUGUGCUCUUCCCUAAUUAUCUAAUCUGGUAUAUAAUUUGGAAAUUGAGUAGAAAUUCCCUCUUUUAGUAGAAAAGAUGCAAGCAGCUCAAACAACCCGACUCCAGUAUACCUCAUCUCUCACUGACACAAAGCUGGUUAAACACAUUAAGGGCCCAAACCAAAUCAGCCCCACAAGGAUUAUCCCAAUACAAGUAUAAAUAUUCUCAUAAGAAGAAUUUAAGUAAAUGUUCUCAGCUAGGCUGUUCCUGCUACGAGACAGGAAAAAUAUUCUUAACAGCUUGUAGUCCCAAUUUUUUUGCAUCCCUUCUCCAGCCACUGCUUUAUUUUUAACUAAUUUGUGCAACUGAUCUUUGUAAACCAUCACUAUCUCACCUAAGGGUGGAACCAGUCCCUUAACUGUGCUUCCUCACCCAGUUUUAAAGGGCUUGUUCAUUAAUCUGUUCUUCCAAGAAGCAUAAAGAUAUUCCAGGCCAUGAAAAACUAAUAUUCCUAGUGUGGAAAGCACAAACUUUGUUGCAAACACAUUACGAAUAAGCAUCUCAUGAUAAUACGAAAAGAGUUCAAAGAGUGUUAUUCACCUUCAGCCCUUUCUCUAUGUGUCCUGGUAAAUUUACUCUGCACUUCCUAAGGGUAUCACAGAAGGAAAGGUCCUGUGGCUAACCAGCCAAGUCAUUACAGUUUGCAAAUUAUAGAGCUAUUCUCCCUGUCAAGAGAGAGGCCCAUUGAGAUGGGGUCUCUGUCCCUGUGGGAAAAGUCUUCCAGCAUCCCUGGGAAGGCAUCUGAGCUCUGGACACGAGCCCGUACCACAGCUGGACUGAGGAGGAGCCUGGGUCACUGGGCGAGUGACCUGAGCUUGUACAGGUUAAUCCCCGGAGAGAGCUCAGAGGCAGCUGCCUGAGCUGUGACAAGCUGGAAGCCAAUUAAGUGUAGCUGAGCUUGUUUUGGUUCAGGCAUGGAGAGAGGCAGUCAUUCCCGCAGCAGAGCAGGGCACCAUGCUGGUUUAACUACCUGGGGCCACUUAGCCCUUGGGCAAGUUCAAGGCUCUAGGGAUCACUACCAUUCCUGACAUUCUGUAAGAAUCAAAGACAAAUGCGGGGGAAAAAAAUUGUUUAGACAUUUGUAAGUAGUUUUUUUUCCUUGUCUCAUUGCCAGGGACUCUGUUAGCAGUGCUGAUCUUUUGCAGAGGUAAUUCUGCAAAAGGAGGCAGUGUCCUGCCGGAAUCCAUUUCCUUUUCUUUUUUUCUUGGCAGAUGAGCAGCAUUUUCCCAUUUGAGUUUGUCCCCGAAUCUUGCACUGUGUAGUACUGAAACAAAACAGCCCAUCCUGUACAGAUUUGUGGAGUACCAUCAAGUGAAAUUCUCAAUUUGUAUUGUUUUGCCAUGGACAGCUUUGUCCACUAUGGACUUGAUACUUUCCCCAUUAGGACUAAUAGGACUUUUAAAACUGUGUUCAACAAGCAGAGCAGUAGGCCCUGCGAGGGAACCUCCACGAGGCUGACGUUUCUGUGCAACUUUAAUUACAUGUUUCAUUAUUGCAGUUCAUUGCUAUUCCCAGAGAAACCGGAACUGCCUAUUCUCUCCCCCACCUAAAAACACACACACACACAGAGAUUAAGCAAGUCCAGUGUACAAGCUUAAUGUUUAAACAAGCUGAAGAAGAAGAGAGGAAGAAUUUUAGAAAUGCUGCUGUUACUAUACUCUCAAUUUCACCUACAUCCUUGGACAGCCUGGUAACAGUGACAUGGUCCUAUGUCCUAUCUGUUAACUUAUUAACACUCUUGCCUUAAAGCAGUAAGGGGUUGUAUCAACGUUUAGUAGAGCUUUAACUGCUUAAGAUGUUAGUGUGCACUAAGAAAGUUUUUGAAUUUACAAUACCCUACUUGCUAUAGGCUGUCUCCCUUCCACACCUCGAUUAAUUGGAGUAGCUUCUGCAUUGUACAUUGACACAUUCAUCAAGAAGUUUUUCUAUAUGGAUCUGCCGUGAGGCUCUUGGCAGAACCUCAAAACAUGAAAUGGCAGUGGCAUGUAAAGUGACAAAAGGGGCUUCAUGAAGAAAUGCCUUCUUAAAUCACCUGUUCUCAUUUCAUGCUUCCUUCUCCCAAGGAAUAGCUGCUAUCAAAGUCCUUGAAAACCUGUAGAAAUUAAUGAAAAAUAUGACCUGCAGGUUUUAAAUGGAAUUUUCUGGAGGAAAAAAAAAGCAGAUGGUAGUUUGCUUACUUGGGCUUUACGUUAUUAUAUACUAGUUCCAAUUUUUGUUCAAACUGACAAGUGUCUCUGGUGAUAGUGGUCAUCACACGGUAAGUGAUGUUUGUUAAAGCUUUUAACCCACAGAAUGUUACUGAGAUACCAUCAUAAAAUCAUAGUUCCUUGAGAGUGUAAAGGGUCUGAUCUUGCUUCAGUUCAAGCCAAUAGCAAAAAUCCUAUUUAUUUGUUGUGCUUUAAUUAUUAGAUCAAAGAAGCAUUUUUAGAAAAGGUGUUAAUAAGCCGUUAUGAAUUUAUUAAGCAUUUCAACUGCCGAUGUGUAAUUUAUUUCUGUGUUCUGUAUUUUAGUUAUUUCUGUAGCUUCCCCAAAAACAUUUGUUGCACAAUGUGUAUUAUUUAAAACUUUAACUGUGGUUUUGCAAUAUUUAAGAGAUGCAUUUGGUCAUGUCUGCGUACUUGCUGAAAAAAGGAAGACAAAGUUCUAAACCUGGGUUCUCACUUCUUGCUAGGUGAGACUAAAGCUUGCACAUUACUUUGUGCAAACAUAAUGCAUUUACAGGAUUUAAGCACAGGUAGGUUGAACUGCUGUUCUUAUUUAACCAAAGAAUGCUUUGUUUUUGAUGAAAUUUUCAUCGCUUCAGUGGAUGAAAUGCGACCUGUCUCAUUUCUGGAUGUGUAUUGCCAUUUACAAUGUAUUUUGAUUUCUAAAGAUACUGAAUGUUGUAGGCAAAACGCCUGUUGAGAAGAAAUGCAAAUAAAACAAACUUCAAAGUGGAAA